CUGCAGAAAACCCAAUAUUUACAACUGGGACAAAGUCGUGGCCAGUACUACGGUGGGUCACUGCCAAAUGUGAAUCAGAUCGGGAACAGCGCCAUGGACCUGCCCUUCCAGCACAACGGAGCUCUGGCAGAAGCCUUUGGAGCAGUUCCUGUCUCUUUGACUCCUUUUCAGUCAUCGGGAUUGGACACAAGCAGAACAACUCGGCAUCACGGUCUGGUGGACAGAGUGUAUCGCGACAGAAACCGCCUCGGCUCCCCGCAUCGACGCCCUCUCUCUGUGGAUAAACAUGGAAGACAAGUGGACAGCUGUCCGUAUGGCACUGUGUACCUCUCACCUCCGUCAGACACAAGCUGGAGAAGGACAAAUUCCGAUUCUGCCUUGCACCAGAGUACUAUGACUCCAGCUCAACAGGAAUCCUUCUCAGGGGGGUCACAGGACAUGCAGCAGAAGCGAGUUCUAUUGCUGACUGUCCCUGGGAUGGAGGAAACCACCUCUGAGGCAGACAAAACCCUCUCUAAGCAAGGAUGGGACACUAAAAAGACUGGGUCAUCAAGACCUAAAUCAUGUGAAGUUCCAGGAAUCAACAUCUUUCCAUCAGCUGACCAGGAAAACACUACAACACUGAUUCCUGCUACGCAUAACACAGGUGGCUCCCUGCCAGACCUGACCAACAUCCAUUUCCCUUCCCCUCUCCCAACGCCGCUAGAUCCCGAGGAAUCCACAUUCCCAGCCCUGAGUAGCUCCAAUAGCACCGGAAAUCUCGCUGCCAAUCUGACUCACUUGGGCAUCAGCACUGCCAGUCAGGGAAUGACGACGACGCCAGCCCCUUCCCAGCAGCACCGCCAACCAGCCGUCAGUCCUCUCUCCUUGAGUGCGGACUCAAGGCGACCACAGUCACAGCAAAUGUCUCCUACGCUUUCCCCUUUGUCACCGAUUACUCAGGCCGUGGCUAUGGAUGCAUUGUCUCUGGAGCAGCAGCUUCCCCCGUAUCCGUUUUUUACCCAGACAACUUCCCAGCAACAGCAGCAAACCCAGGUGGCAAGUACCCUGCCUCAGAAUACUCCGUUAAUGCAGACCUCCGGUUUACAGCGAGGAACACAGCUCCCCCCGCUCUCCGUCACGGUACCUUCUACCAUCCCACAGUCGCCUCCCGGCAGCCAGACCCAACCGUCGAUGGGCAUAGACAUCAACUCGGCUUCACUCCAGCAGUACCGCAGUAAUGCUGGCUCCCCAGCCAACCAGUCUCCCACCUCUCCUGUCUCCAAUCAAGGCUUCUCUCCUGGCAGCUCCCCUCAA